AAAAACCACCAAACCGGAUCCAGAAGACUCAAAUAAAUAUAAAGUGUGCAUGUGUGUGUCAUUGCUGCUACUUCCUCAUUCUUCUCUACUGAAACCAGACAGAAGCCGGGUCAUGCAAGACGGACAGCAGCAUCGGUACAGUAGUAUAUCUACUACAGUUAGUACUGCAGAGUAUACUUGUACACAUUGAAGGUUUACAGCAGCAUAGUAACCAAUCAACACAGAGCAGUUACAGGAAGUGAAGUGCAGCUACUGUUCAACUGUCUCAGUCCUCUCAAGAUGUCCUCAGAUAUUUAUGCCAAACCAGAUUUCUCAAAGAAGGUGAGAUACAACAGAAAGGUGCAGGAGGACAACGUAGAGUGGGAAGAAAGAACGGUGGCUAUCUACGAGAGUACAGACGAUAUCAGAGAUGAUCACACUGAUCUUCAGUCACACGACGCAGGACCGCACACUGAGAAUCAUCCUCCAGCCGUCCAAAGCAGGCCUUUCAGAGCUGCUGCAUUUUGUCUUGGAGUGCUGUGCUUUCUGACCAUAACUGGAAUCAUCCUCCUAUACAUACGUUAUAUUUCAGUCACUUUGGAAAAAGACCAGCUGCAGACCAGAUACGACAAACUGAACAACAACUACAGCGAGCUGCAGGGACAAAUUUCAGAGAAGUGGUGUCCUGAAGGAUGGAAGAGAUUCGGAUUCAGCUGUUACUUUAAAUCCAAUGAGGAGAAAACUUGGUCUGACAGCAGAUUGGACUGUUACACUAGAGGAGCACAUCUGGUGAUCAUAAACAACAAAGAGGAACAGGUGAGUGUGUUUGUUACUGAGUGUGUGAUCUUAGAUGUAGCUGCCAGUGAUCUGUUACUUCUGUUUUUGACCUGCAGCCAGUCGGCUUCCUAUGACGAUGCAUUAGGGCCAUUGUAGGUGGAA